AUGCUGGCCGUUAGACAAAGAGCGGCUUGCAUCGCCCGAACCGCUCUGCCGGCAGCCAUCGCCGCGCGACAAGCCAGACGAUCGUACGCAUCCGACCAUGGCCACGGCGACCACCACGACCACCACCACGCCCCCCAGGUAGAGGAGUCGCCAGGACUCGGCCUGUACUUCGUCCUCGGCGCUGCCGGCCUCUCAAUGUUCGCCUACUCCAUCUCCCGCGACGAGAACUCGAGCGUGGCCAAGUGGAUCGACAGCUUCAGGGCCGAGUCCCAGAAGACAUGGGAGUACCGGAACACGCUCCGGUCCGAUAUCAAGGACCAGGCGGCGCGGGAUAAGCAUCUGUUCCUGACGGGGCAGAAGGAAGAGGGAUACGAGCUGAGGACGCCAGAGCUCAUCGACUCCGGAAGCCCCAACAAUGUCCCAGCCGGGCACUACGUCAACCUGGACAAGGUGAUACAGCACUACCAGAAGCAGCAUUUGGAUGAGGAGGCGAGGAAAGCAAAGAAACUGGCGCAAGCAAAGACGGAGUGA